AUUAAUUCGCUUUCUUCCCCGAGAAAAAGAAAGUUUAAAGAAAUCCCUGACAGUUACGAAUAUGGCGACGGCGAAUAUACACGACGCUGUUGUUUCCGAUGGCUUUGACUAUGAAAUCUGGGCUCCGAUCACGAAAACGACGCUAAUCGAGAAAGGACUUUGGGAUGUUGUCGAGAACGGAGUCCCGCCGGAUCCAUCGAAGAUUUCAGAGUUAGCGGCGAAGAUUCAACCCGAAGAGCUUUCGAAAUGGAGAGAUCUCGUGGUGAAAGACGCGAAAGCGCUUCAGAUCUUGCAAUCGUCUCUCACGGAUUCUGCUUUCAGGAAAACUCUUUCGUCUUCUUCGGCCAAAGAUGUUUGGGAUUUGCUUCGGAAAGGUAACGAACAAGCAACGAUACGUAGAUUAGAGAAGCAAUUCGAAGAACUUAAAAUGGUUGAGAAAGAAUCUGUCGAUUCCUACUUAGCUAGGGUUUUGGAAAUCGUUGAUCAGCUGCGUCCUUUGAAAAUUGAGAAAUCCGAUUACGAGAUUUGCAAGAAGGUGUUCACGUCACUCCGUCUAGAUUCAAUGUUGAAGGAACUCAUUGAUGUGCAUAAGAUGACUAGUAAGAGUCUUGUUGAGUUUUUUUAUUCACAUGGAUAUGAAUCAGUGACAGAGGAAGAUAUCUUUGGACUAUUGAAGGAUUUGAGGCUUAAAUCAAAGUCUGAGAAGUGGUGUGGCUUUUGCUACAAGAACAAUCACAACCAAGAAGACUGCAACUAUAAGGAGGAAGAAGAAGAAAGCGCAGUUGAUUAUCGUCUGGUAACGGCACCAAAUUUAGGGGAAAAAACAUAUGAUGAGGAUAUUUGGAUAAUACACAUGGAGUCUCCGGUUCACAUGACUCCAUAUGUGAAGUAUUUCACCACUCUAGACAGGACAUUCAAAGCUACGGUUGGAACGGUCGAUGGAGCAGUUCUUAUGGUAGAAGGAAAAGGAGAUGUUAAGAUCAGGAUGAAGGAAGGGAAGAAGAAGACGAUCCGGAAUGUGAUUUUUGUUCCCGGGCUCAACAGAAAUGUGUUAAGUUUUGGUAAGAUGUUAUCAAAACGCUACUCAAUCAGAACGGGAAUGAAAGGCGAAUGCAUUGUCGAAACUCGGAAUGAUGAAGAAGUUGGGGAAAGUAUGUUGAUGUCGGAUGAGAAUGAAUUGGCUUUGCGUUUGAAGGUGAUUGAAGGUAAUCUCACCUCUUAAGUAGCUACUUUUCAUGAUGGCUACAUUUGGUAGUAGCCUUAGCUCGUCAGGUGGACAUAUCAGUCUUCUAUAUGGUCUUUCUAGUUUGGUUUUAUUUCGUUUUCAGUUUGUUCGUCUAAGGAAAGCUAAUACAUAUUCUGCUACUGCAGUAUGAAUUAGUCUAUAACCUAGGGAGGCUUGGUUUUAAUCAUAGUUUUUCAGAAACUAUUUUGUCAUCACUUUGUCAAGUUUUGAUAAUGGUGAGGAGACCAAUUCCAGUAGAAUAAUGAAAGGGUUUUUACUUGUUA